UAUGCAUUUAACCUUGGUUUUAUUUUGGCUUAAAGGAGACGCAACAAAGUGGUAACGCGACAGGCUCGUGCAAAUAGUUAGGUUUACUAUAGCUUUAAGAAUGCAAAAAUAGUGUCUGGUUCUUUAAAAAUGUAUAUUGGUUUAUUAUUAUAGUAAGAAUUAAGAAAGUUUUUGAUUAAUGAUCAAUAAAUUAAUGUUUAUAAUUUGCGGACAAGGCCCGAAUUCUGUGAAUUAUGUCACAGUCGGAUUACGGCCUUUAGCUAGCAAUCCAAGCGUUUUGAUCGUUGUUAUAUCAAAUGUAAUCAUCCUUUCCCCUGUCAGUACAGUAUUAGAGAAAGUAAUAAAUACGGUACGGGACAAAAGGGUAGGAACCGGUAACACGCGGUGAUGGAGCCGCAAAUCACCGAUAACAAUAAAAGGGAAGUGACCGAGGAUGACAAGGCCACUAUACAAUCCCCGGCCUCGAGUGCAGCGGUCACCCCGCGCAGGACUUCGAGAGGCCGUGGAGUCGGCCGGAAGAAGGGGGUUUCUCCUUCGCCGUGUACGAAUGGAGCAACACCAGGCACUCCGAGUUCUGGACGAGUGUUACGGGACCGGUCUACACGAACAGUGCCAGCUUGGUUGCAGAGCGAGAAGAGUGACGAUGCAGAAGAAUCGAGCCCUGACAAAGCCGUAAACCGCCGGAGGAAGGCUGCUUGUCCACGACCCAGGAAAAAUGCCUCCUCCGCAGCUUCAACAGAGAGUACCGGAGAGGUCGGGAAUGACAGUAGUCAAGCUCAUGACUCAGGGGACCCAAAGAAACCCACUGAUGUUCAAACCCACCCUCACUCACAGCAUGCUCAGGCUCAGACGCGUGCCAAGGCCCCCUCUGCCCGGGGUGCCAGGGGUUCCGCCAAGCCUGUGUGCAAGACUGAGCCUGGCACCGACACCCCAACCGUGGAGGUGGAGGCAAAGUUAGUUGAAAAGAAGACAGUUGGGAUUGAGAAAAAAGAGGAGGAGAAUGAGGAAGAUGUUCUCUUGGGAGGAGAAGAUGAGCCUCCUUUCCAAGAUGACCCUAAAGACCUCAGCUUCCAGCCACAGUCACAGAGUGGGGAGGAGGUAAUCAGCAGUGAUGACGACAUUCCCUUCAGAGAUGACCUCAAUGACCAGAGCUACAACCCCAAGGCUGAGACUACUAGGGAUGCCCCCAAACCACGGCGCAAACCCCCUCCGAGACAGAAAGAGAAAAAAGAGAAAGUGCCAGAGAAAGAGAAGGAGCCAGGAAUCAAGAUCGAGGGCACAGACGUGAAGCUGGAGAACGAGUUCGGAGAGGGGGAUGUUCCCAGAAAGAGAGGCAGGCGAAGAAAAGAUGAUAAAAGUCCCCGGCUCCCGAAAAGAAGGAAGAAGCCCCCGGUGCAGUACGUGCGCUGCGAGAUGGAGGGGUGUGGCACAGUCCUGGCUCAUCCUCGCUACCUGCAGCACCAUAUUAAGUACCAGCACCUGUUGAAGAAAAAGUUUGUUUGUCCUCACCCAUCCUGCGGAAGACUCUUCAGGCUGCAGAAACAGCUACUUCGCCAUGCCAAGCACCACACAGACCAGAGGGACUACAUCUGCGAGUUCUGCGCCCGCGCCUUCAAGAGCUCCCACAACCUGGCCGUGCACCGCAUGAUCCACACCGGAGAGAAACCCCUGCAAUGUGAGAUCUGCGGCUUCACCUGCCGCCAGAAAGCCUCCCUCAACUGGCACAUGAAGAAGCACGAUGCUGAUGCCACCUACCAGUUCUCCUGCUCCAUCUGUGCCAAGAAGUUUGAGAAGAAAGACAGUGUGGUGGCCCACAAGGCCAAGAGCCACCCGGAGGUGCUCAUCGCCGAGGCCCUAGCGGCCAACGCAGGGGCCCUCAUCACUACCCCCACCACCCUGCUGGAGGCUCCGGGAGUGGGUUCUGUCGGGAACCAGGGGGAGCUGGUACGACUGGAUCCCGCCCAGCAGAUGACCCAAGUAGGGCAACAGGUGGCUCAGCUGGGGCAGGUGACCCAAGUGGGCGAACAUGUGACCCACAUGGGGCAACAGGUAGCUCAGGUGGGUCAGGUGAGCCACCAGGUGGUAGUAGUGAGUCAGGACCAGGGCCUCCAUGCCAUGCAGAUGCCCCUGACCAUCGCCCUGUCCCCCAUCAACCCCCCGUCGCCCUCCGACACCCAGCAGCAGACCCACCACACACUCCAGCUCCAGAUGCCCCUUCAUUUUGUUCAGCAGGUGGCGGCCGCUUCCCCGCAGCAGCAGUCGCAGCAGCAACAGGCCCAGAUCCAGCAACUGGCCCUUCAUUCUGGCUCGGUGGUGACCCAGCAGCAUCAGCCCCACCAGCUCCAGCAAAUGACCCUGCAGUCUUAUCAGCAGCAGCAGAAUCAGCAGCCGCAGAUUCUCCACAUGACCUUCCAGACCGUCGACGGGUCGCAGACCCAUCUCCAGGAGAUCCCCCUGUUAGCCACCCCCCAGCAACUCCAAACCCUCCAGAGUAGCUCCCAUAUUUCUACCACCAACCUCCCUCUCAUGGCCCAGGUCCAACCCCAACUUCAACCUCUGCCCCAAACUCAGGACAUUCAGCUUCAGGACCCAACCACUGUGGGUUGUAGCGAAAGCUACUCUCUGGACGAUUCCGUUCUCUCUGCCUCCUCUCCUUCCGCUAACACCCUUCAACAGUGUGAGACUGUAGGGGAGGGAGAGGUAGUUUGGGAAGGGGGCGGAGAGGGGGACGGAGUGGAAGAGGGGGAUGUCUUGACCGAUGCCACAGAAGUGCACAUGCAACAUGUACUUAUCUAGA